UUCUCACUUCACUUCACACACCCUUCACAGUUCCCACUGAACUCACCUCUCUCUCUCUCUCUCUACCAAUGGCACCAGGGCCUCCAAUCCUCCUCAUCUUACUCUCUCUCCUCCCACUCUCUCACUCCUCUUCUCUCUCUCCUCACACCACCGCCAUUUCUCCCACCAAAUCACCCUCUGCCCCAACCCCAUUAACCUCCCCAGCCCCAACCCAUUCCCAUCUUCCCUCUCCCUCUUCCUCCUCCUCCUCCUCAACCCUUGAUCCCAAACAGAUCAGAGCCCUCCAAUCCCUCAACAUCCCCACCUCCAAAGACCCCUGUAUUCAACCCUCCUUCCACAACGCCACCGCCUGCGACGCCUCCAAGCCAUUCCGCCACCUCCUCUCCCUCCGCCUCUCCAACUGCUCCGACGAUCUCGAAAUGUCCAUCACCGCCCUCAAAUCUCUCUCCACCCUCACCAAUCUCGCGUUCAUCAACUGCCCCAUUUCACCCAUUCACUUCCCCUCCGAACUCACAUCCAAUCUCCGCUCCUUCACUUGCAUCAAAAGCCUCAAGAAGCUCACCGGAGUCUGGCUCGGCCGGAUGCAGAACCUCACCGAUUUAACCGUCUCCGGCGUGACUGUAAACGCCAGUGGUCCGUCGAUCAUCCUCGGAAACAUGAAGAAGCUCAAAUCAGUCACCAUCACUGCCUCAAAUCUCACUGGCUACCUUCCCAAACACUGGCAUUUGAACGUUACCCACCUCGAUUUGUCCGGUAAUAAGCUCAAAGGAAAGAUACCCAGUUCGUUAACUCAGCUCGAAAACCUCGAAUUCUUGAAUCUCUCUUCGAAUGCGCUCAAUGGGGAGAUACCCAGUUCGUUUGGCGACCUAAUUUCGCUCCAAAACGUGUCGUUGGCGUCAAAUUCGCUGUCCGGAGCAGUGCCGGAUUCAAUGGCGGCCAUGCCGGCUUUGGUUCACCUCGAUCUAGGCACAAAUCAGCUCAAUGGGACAAUCCCGAAAUUCAUUUCAGAAAUGAAGGGAUUGAAGUACUUGAAUCUUGAGAAGAACAAUUUCAAUGGAGUUAUGCCAUUCAAUGCCUCGUUUUUGCAGAGAUUGGUUGUGUUCAAGGUGGGUGGGAAUACCAAUCUCUGUUACAACCAUUCAACCAUAUCAUCAAAAGUGAAGCUAGGAAUUGCUCCUUGUGACAAACAUGGAUUGCCCAUCUCGCCGCCGCCGGCCAGGGAGUCCGGGGGCGAUAGCAGCGGCGGAAGCUCGUCCGACGAUGACUACAGCAUGGGGGAUGACAUAAAUCACAAGGAAAGUCAUCAUCAUGGACCAAGUAAGGUUGUUCUUGGUGUGGCAAUUGGGCUUUCAUCAAUUGUCUUUCUCAUUGUUUUCUUAAUUCUGCUCUCAAAAUGGUGUGGAUGAAGACCAGUUUUGGGGUUUUUUUUUCUUUCUUACAUUAGAAAAAUGAUAGGAUUAAUUAGAGAUGAAUUUUGUUUAAUUAAUUUGUUAUACAUGAGUCUUGACGUGACGGUAAGGUUACACGAACUUGAAUGGCGAUCGGAACAUAUGGGAUCAAGUGCCUGAGGCGUGUGCACUCGAUUUGUCCUUUAUUUUAAAAUUUAUUAUACAAUUAAGCAUGAAGAAGAGUAGUUGCAGAGGGUAAAUGAAGAGAGAGAGAGAGAAUUGAAUUGGUGUGAUUAUUUUUACUGGUUUUGGAUAUGAUGAGAAAGGCUCUAUUUUUUUUCCACUUUAUGCAAAGGUGUGAUCACUGUGGGUUGUAUGAUUAGGUUCUGUAGAAGAGAAAGGUGGUUGAUUUAUAUUAUUCAUCUAUGUAUUUUUCUUGAGGUUCAAGGCUUACUUUUUCAUAUACUUUUCAUCAUUUCGAUAAUGCGUUUUGUAUGUGCUUUCAUUGAGUUUAGGUUGUCACUCAUUUGUAUGUAACCUUGGAGCUUUGUCUCUAAUGGAUGUUCCAAAAAUGUUCAUUUAUAUAGCUGCCUUUUAUAUAUUGCUUGAUACUAUUUUCUUUGGCAA